AAGGUGUAUCUUUCAGGGACCAAAUUGUCAAUUUUGUCGAAAAUAAAAUGCUGGAGCCAGAGGUUUCUCUGUAGUUGGAGUUGGCCGCCUCUGCUCUUUGAUGCUCUGCCUUCUCCUCCGACAAUAACUUCUGCUCAAGCCUUCUGAAACUCGCCGGGACUUCAAUGGAGUCAAAACCUCCGAUUGGCGGUGGGGCUGCCCCUAGGAAGGUGAGAUUUGCACCAAAAGCUCCUCCCACCAGAAAACCGAAGCCUGCUGCUGUUAAAAUUGAAGUGAAAGAUGAUGAUGAUGAUGAUUCCAAGGCCAAGGAUUUGUUGCGGCGUUUCAAUGAAGGCAUCUUGAAGGGAAAAGCUAAAGUUGAGAGGAAAGUGGCACCAUCACAAAUCGCAUUUGGUUAUGGCGGUGCUGUGACAUCAAUAAAGUCUUAUGGUACACGAAGUAAAGCCAGUAACGGUAACAACCAUCAAGGUAGUUUCGAUGGUUCGUUCCUAAGAAUGGAGAAAGAAUACCAAGAACCAUGGGAUUAUUAUACUUAUUAUCCGGUAACUCUUCCUCUGAGGAGGCCGUACUCAGGAAAUCCAGAACUUCUCGAUGAAGAGGAGUUUGGCGAGGCUUCAGAGACUGCGACUUUUGACGAAAACUUAACAAACUCAGCAGAAGAACUCGGCCUUGUGGAAGAGAAUUUGGAACCAAGCAUGUUCUUUAUUCAGUUACCGCCAUCAUUACCAAUGAUGAAGCGGUCUGCUUCUUCGGAAGGCGAAGAGAUAACUGAAAGCUCAAAGAGUUCGAGAAAGGGCUGCAAACUAGAUGAUUUGCCAGCAGGCUUCAUGGGCAAGAUGCUGGUACAUCGUAGCGGCGCCAUCAAGCUGAAGCUCGGUGACAGUCUUUAUGAUGUAUCUGUGGGGUCAAAUUGCGUGUUCGCUCAGGAUGCCGUAGCCAUGAAUAUCGAGGACAAGCACUGCUGUGUGGUGGGAGAACUCAACAAGCGCGCCGUAGUAACCCCUGACGUGGACUCGAUCUUAGACGGUAUAGACCAGCUAUGACAGUUCCAUCCUGAUUUCUCUAUCCAAUUUUGGUAUAUGUAGAAUGACAAUGAUGAAGAAUCAAGUGUCUGAAGGAAAUUUUGUCAGGGUUAUCAAUGCCAUCCACAUUAUUGUUCAUGAAACUAGGGCUAUAAGUUUGGGUUUGACAGGGAGGAAACUUAAUGAUUCUUUUAGGGUUCAUCAGUUUCUUUUCGGUUUCUGAUGGAAAUACGAGUUAUACGAGAUUCAUUUUGUACACUAGAGUGGUGGUUUCUUUUCAAUAUCACCAGCUAGACUUAGCGUAUCGAACCAAAACAAUGUAUCUCUGCAAAUGAAACUUCAUAUGAGUGAGCUCCCAUUUAGUUUUUCGGUUUUGUCAAUGUUAAUAUUCUCUGGAGUGUGCUGUGAAACAUUUAUUGAAUUAGUGUUAUUGCAUAUGGAUAGCCAGUGCCAAUUAUCUGA